CCUCUUUAACAUCUUCAUCUGCCAAGUUGUGAGACAACUGAUACUUCUUUGCAGUUUAUUAAUCUGUUCUCUUACAUCACCAGAAUGCCUCUGCAGUUUGAACUCUGUCCUGGGAGAAUGAUCGGAGGUAACCAUCCGUGCUUCAUCAUUGCUGAAAUUGGACAAAACCAUCAGGGAGACAUUGAGAUUGCUAAGCAAAUGAUCAAGAUGGCGAAGGACUGUGGUGCUGAUUGUGCUAAAUUCCAGAAAAGUGAAUUAGAGUACAAAUUCAGCAAGCCAGCCUUGGCGCGCCCGUACAAUUCAAAGCACUCCUGGGGUAAAACUUACGGUGAGCACAAGCGUUACUUGGAGUUCAGCCACGAUCAGUACAGGGAGCUGAAAAAGUAUGCAGCAAAGAUUGGAAUCUUCCUCACAGCCUCCGGGAUGGAUGAGAUGGCUGUGGAGUUCCUCCAUGAGCUGGAUGUGCCUUUCUUCAAAGUUGCCUCCUGCGAUGCUAACAACUUCCCCUAUCUGGAGAAAACCGCCAAAAAAGGACGUCCCAUGGUGGUGUCCACUGGGAUGCAGUCCAUGGAGACAAUACAGAGGGUCUAUAAGACAGUGAAGGAGUACAACCAGAACUUCACUUUGUUGCAGUGCACCAGUGCCUACCCUCUGGAUCCUAAAGACGUCAACCUCAGUGUGAUCAAGGAAUACCAGAAGGAAUUCCCUGAUGUUCCCAUCGGAUAUUCCGGUCAUGAGCAGGGGAUCUACAUCACUGUGGCCGCUGUGGCGAUGGGAGCAAAAGUCGUGGAACGCCAUGUGACCCUGGAUAAGACCUGGAAGGGAAAUGACCAUGAGGCAUCCCUGGAGCCCUCAGAGCUGGCAGAGUUGGUCCGAGCCAUCCGACUGGUGGAGUUGGCGAUGGGAUCACCUGUCAAGCAGAUGUUACCCUGCGAGAAGAGCUGCCACGAUAAGUUGGGCAAGUCGGUUGUGGCCAAGGUGGACAUUCCCAAAGGCACAGAGCUGAAACUGGACAUGUUUGCAGUGAAGGUUGGCGAGCCAAAGGGGAUCCCUCCAGAGAAUAUGCAGGAACUGGUGGGCAAGAAGCUCAAAGUGGAUGUGAAGGAGGACAACAGCAUCUUGGCAAACAUGAUAGAAUAAAGAAUACUCCACAAAGGUUGGGAGAGGGAGGCAGAAAGGCAGGCAGAGAGGGAAAUAGAUAGAGAAUGACAGAGAGAUGCAGACAGGUAGAGGGUGGAUAGACAGUGCUGCAGUGUGUGAACAGAAAGCAGAGAGAAUGAGGAGGAACAAAAGAGAGGAACAGAGAAGUGCACUUAGAGCAAGGCAAAUUACAUUGAGGAUGAACAGGUCUUAGAUCUUAAAAUUGUUCCACGUGAAUGGCAUGACAUGUAAUGACAAACAUACUGUUAUUACAGGAUGUGGUAUUAAACUAGUUGUGCAUCUCAGUUUGGAACAUUGUCAAUGGUCAAAUGUCAGAAAUGAAGCCAUGUAUGUAUUCUCCAUGAUCUGAAAUUCAAGCUAGUCUGUUUUGUCCCCUCUACAUUGAGAUGAUGAGAUAUUCUCAAACUAACAGCACAAACGUGGAGUUGCGUGGCUGCUGUGUGGUUUAAACCUUAACAAGAUAAAAGUGACCAGGUCUGUACUUAAUAAUUUGGAUACAUGCAAAUAUUACCUGGUGAUGGUGAUACCUGCCCUCAUUUGCAUCCCUGCACCAUUUGCCUUCUGUGUGCCACAGGCCUUUAACAGGGGAAAAUAUAUUUCUCAUAUGUGGUAUGAACAUCAUCUCUGUUUAGAAUGAUCUGUCCCUGCCUAAUUUUCCCAGCAGUAAAUCGUGAUGAAAAUAUGUAAUGUGGUUGUCUAUAUUAAUAUAUAGGAUGCACUUAUAUGCAGUUUUUGUGGGAUUUCACUUGAAACUUUGGUUAAAUUCAGAGGUGCCACAUGUGGCCCAUUAAUACUAAUCACAUUUUCCCUGCUGUUAAUCUUGAAAAUAAAAAGGGUUUUAAUAAAUUCUA